AUGUCGAACCCGAAGUUCGAAGGGUGCAUCGCAGUAGGCGGAGCUGGUGGUCAACCAGCAGUUGGUGGUCAACCAACCUUCAGAGGUCAGCAGCUACCUCAGGCCGAGGCAGGUUUGACGCUACCUCACACAGCAGCCGGGUUCUCGAAAGAACUGCUGUUCGACGGUCGGACGGAGAUCUUCGGAGCCUGGAAGAUGCGCCUUGAGAGACGUCUGGCCAGACUGAAGCUCUCCCACACCCUGAUCCGGAUUCCAACGGAGGAGGUGGACUCGCUGUCGUUGGAGGACCCUGUGGAAGAAACCGCCAGAGCUGAAAGGUUCCAGAGGCGGAUGGAACAGGAGGAAGCUGCGAUGGACGAGCUUGUUAUGGCCAUCAACAACGAUGUCCCUAACAAGAUUGUUGGGGUCAACUUCAUUAAAGACGCCAUGGACAUCCUCUGCGACUCCUACCUAGUAAAAGGUACGAGUGCGAUCAUUGCAAUGCGUGGGCGCCUCAAUAAUCUCCCUAUGACGAGGUUUGACUCAUUGUCGUCUCUAUUUUAUGAGUACGACCUCAUCAUACGGGAGAUGGAUCGGAUGGGAGCGAACCUGAGCAGAGGCGAGAAGGUCCACUCGUUGCUGCUGGCAAUCCCGCCAGCCUACAGUCACAUCCAGGGUGCGCUGGCUGUUCUGCCGCCAGAGGAGUUGAGCUCAAGGUCAAUCGUCGACAUCAAGCGAUUGUUCCUUGAUUCAGAGCUCCUCCAAAACACCAGCGCAUCGACUAUUCAACCACGAGGUGAGCCAGCGGUAGCUAACCACGCCUUGCGAACCGCGUCGAAGAAAGGUGACAGUCGGUGCUUCGGGUGCGGCGAGAAGGGUCACUUCAAGUCGCGCUGUCCCAAACUGAAGGCGGCCAAGAAGAACGGUUCCAGGCGUGACAAGGUGAGCGCUCACGCAAUGUUGGCCCGCGUGAAGCGCAAGCUGGCAGAAGAGGCGUCCGUUAGGGCGGCUAGCACUAUUGGUCCCAUUAGUGCAGCUGCCGAACGCGGAUCAGCGGCAAAAUCGGUGCGGCGCGUUGUCGCCAUUCCUGGCGAGACAUUUGAUGCAGGUCGCAAGCAGCUGGGAGUAACAGUUGCAGGCGUGGCAGCCCCGCAUUCGAACGGAAUUCAGAAGGCGAGCCCAACUUCGAAGGUCGUACCUCCACAGGCUGGCGGAAUACUAAAGUCGGCUUCUCCGCAGGUUAGCGGAACCCAGAAGAAGGCCAUCGGUCAGGCGAAGGUUGCCACCAAGGCCACUACGAAGAGCGAAAGGCGUGUUCGCUUUGUGGUGGAUUCCGGAGCGACUCAUCACAUGGUAUGUGAUGAGAGAUUGGUGGAGAAUAUCUCGAAGCUGGCCACACCGAUCGAGCUUUCAACAGCCAAAACUGGUGAGUCGAUGAAGGCGUAUAAAAAGGGCACUGUAUCGCUUAAGGCCAUGGUUAAUGAUGACUAUUCACAUUUUACCGUUAUCUACCUAUUGAAACGCAAGAGCGAGGUUUUUGAGAAGUUUAAAGAGUUCGAAGCGAUGGCAACAGCGCAUUUUAAUCAAAAGUUGGCUAAACUUAGAUGCGAUAACGGCCAAUGGCGUGAGCGAAAGAAUCAACAGAACGUUGAUGGAAAAAGUACGAGCAAUGCUCUACGAAUGCGAUCUUCCGAAAUCGUUAUGGGGAGAAGCUGUGUUCUGCGCAGCUUAUCUCACAAAUCGAUCGCCCACACGAGCCCUUGUGGAGACAAGACGCCAUUCGAAAUGUGGUAUGGCAAGAAGCCUGACUUGAGCAAUCUACGCAUUUUUGGCUGCAAUGCGUAUGCUCUAGUACCUAAAGAGAAGAGGCAAAAAUUAGAUCCAAAGACAAAGAAACUUAUCUUUGCGGGUUACGCAAACAACGGCUACAGGUUAUACAACAAGUCCUCACGUACAGUAGAGAUACACCGUAGCGUAGUCUUUGAUGAGCAAGAAUUGCUAGAUCGUCGAAAUGAUCUUCUUCAUUCUACAAUUUCGCAACCAGCAAGCCAAAAUGCGCCAGUUAUAGAAUCCGAACCUCCAGCAAAAAGUUCAGAAGCGUCUGAGAACUUCGUGGGUAACGAAGAUGAGCAUCUCGUGGAACAUCACGUGGGUAACGUUGAUGAAUCUGAUUAUGAUAGCGCACAAGAUCUUGACAGUCACACUGACGGCGAAGGGGAGGUUGGGUCACAACCGGUUUCCGCUUGCAGUUCGCCGAUCAGACGUAGCACGCGCGAUAGAAGGGCGCCAGAAUUUUACACUGCCAAGAUAGCAACAGAUAAUAGCGACAUUCCACAAACUGUUGACCUGUUGAAAACGAGGGAUGACUGGCCAAAGUGGAAAAUUGCCAUCAGCGAAGAAUUAAAAGCCCUGAACGAAAAUAAGACCUGGAAGAAGGUCGAGAGCUUACCCAAAGAACGAAAAUCGAUCUCAUCGAAAUGGGUAUUUGCGAUUAAAGAAGACGGAAGAUACAAAGCAAGAUUAGUAGCGAAAGGUUGCUCACAGCGACCUGGUUAUGACUACGAUGAAACGUUUGCUCCCGUUGUCAAAAUGGAGAGCGUUCGUACAAUUUUGUCCCUAGCUAACCAGUCUGGUUCAACCAUUCACCAGAUGGACGUAAAAACAGCCUUCCUCAAUGGUCAAUUGGAGGAAGAGAUAUAUAUGAGACUUCCGAACGACGAAAUGGGCAACUCACAACUCGUCAGACUGCAGAAAAGCUUGUAUGGCUUAAAACAAGCUAGCAGAUCAUGGAAUCAACGAUUCGACGAAGUUGUAAAGAAACUUGGUUUCAUUCCGCUGAAAAGUGACUGUUGCGUCUAUCAAUCUCGGGCUAGAGAGCUAACCCUAGUUCUCUAUGUUGACGAUAUUCUUAUUGUUCCAGGCAGAAAAAGCCUGAUUAGAAAUUAA